UAUAUACACCGUGCUCAGAAUUGAAUGCCUAUCUUAUUCUAGGACAAGAAACAAUCUUUUUGUUUAGUGAAUAAACAAACGAACAAUAUGUUAAUAUAAACACCACGCUAUCAUACAUAUUGUUCUGCAGCUCUUUUUCCUUCAAAAAUACGUCCGGAAAUCUAUUUUAGGCUGUACAAAACUAUACAUUUAACUCGUCUUAACCUUUACCCUAUUACAAAUAACUGUAGUGACUCUUUCAACGGUCCUCUUUGAACUUUAGAUAUUCUUACAAGUGGGUUAAGAGGAAAAUUAUUAAACACGUAUUAAGCACGUUUACAGAUUAAAAGAUACAGAUAAAUAUCCAAGUAUAGCGGCUGAACACAUUUACACUCUAGCACGGUUUAAAAGUACCCGUUCUCCACACAUGAUGCCCAACGAUAACAAGUAAUCCUCGAGAACCGCAGCAACCACCUCAGAGCGCCUCGUCACGCUCCAAACUACAACCCCCAGGAUGCACCGCGGACCCUCUACGAAAGACCAAUCCCUGAGGACUCGGGGAAGGGGCGCGGCUUCCCCGUCUCCCUGCCUCGCAGGCGCCGGGAGCCGUGGGACAAACUCUCCCAUCAGCCAACGCGGGCGCUGUCAUUUCAAGACUCGGCCGAGGCCGCCUCCCGCCGCCAUGGGGCUGAAGGCCGCCCAGAAGACGCUGUUCCCGCUGCGCUCCAUCGACGACGUGGUGCGCCUGUUCGCCGCAGAGCUGGGCCGAGAGGAGCCGGACCUGGUGCUCCUCUCCUUGGUUCUGGGCUUCGUGGAGCAUUUCCUGGCUGUCAACCGUGUCAUCCCCACCAACGUGCCCGAGCUCUCCUUCCAGCCCAGCCCCGCGCCCGAUCCUCCCGGCGGCCUCACCUUCUUCCCCGUGGCUGACCUGUCCAUCAUCGCUGCCCUCUAUGCCCGCUUCACGGCUCAGAUCCGCGGCGCGGUCGACUUGUCCCUCUACCCGCGGGAAGGGGGCGUCUCCAGCCGCGAGCUGGUGAAGAAGGUCUCUGAUGUUAUAUGGAACAGCCUCAGCCGAUCCUACUUCAAGGACCGUGCCCACAUCCAAUCCCUCUUCAGCUUCAUCACAGGCACUAAACUGGACAGCUCGGGUGUAGCCUUUGCUGUGGUGGGAGCCUGCCAGGCUCUGGGUCUUCGGGAUGUCCACCUGGCCCUGUCUGAGGAUCACGCCUGGGUAGUUUUUGGGCCUAAUGGGGAGCAGACAGCUGAGGUCACCUGGCAUGGCAAAGGCAACGAGGACCGCCGGGGUCAGACGGUCAACGCGGGUGUAGCUGAGCGGAGCUGGCUGUACCUGAAAGGAUCAUACAUGCGCUGCGACCGAAAAAUGGAGGUGGCAUUCAUGGUGUGUGCUAUCAAUCCUUCCAUUGACCUGCACACUGACUCCCUGGAGCUGCUGCAGCUACAGCAGAAGCUGCUCUGGCUGCUGUAUGACCUGGGACAUCUGGAAAGGUACCCCAUGGCACUGGGGAACCUGGCAGAUCUGGAGGAGCUGGAGCCCACCCCUGGCCGGCCAGACCCGCUUACCCUUUACCACAAGGGCAUUGCCUCAGCCAAGACCUACUACCGAGAUGAGCACAUCUACCCUUACAUGUACCUGGCUGGCUACCACUGUCGCAAUCGCAAUGUGCGUGAAGCCCUGCAGGCCUGGGCAGACACGGCCACUGUCAUCCAAGACUAUAACUACUGCCGGGAGGAUGAGGAGAUCUACAAGGAAUUCUUUGAAGUGGCCAAUGACGUUAUCCCCAACCUGCUAAAGGAGGCAGCCAGUUUGCUGGAGGCGGGCGAAGAGCGACUGGGGGAGCAGACCCAGGGCACCCAGAGCCAGGGAUCCGCCCUCCAGGACCCUGAGUGCUUCGCCCACCUGCUGCGGUUCUACGACGGCAUCUGCAAAUGGGAGGAGGGCAGCCCUACGCCAGUGCUGCAUGUGGGCUGGGCCACUUUCCUUGUGCAGUCCUUGGGCCGCUUCGAGGGACAGGUGCGGCAGAAGGUGCACAUAGUGAGCCGAGAUGCUGAAGCCGCAGAAGCGGAGGAGCCCUGGGGAGAGGAAGCUCGGGAGGGCCGGAGGCGGGGACCUCGGCGUGAAUCCAAGCCCGAGGAGCCACCACCUCCCAAGAAGCCUGCGCUGGACAAGGGCCCCAGCUCAGGCCAGGGCGUGGGGUCAGGACCCCCUCGAAAACCCCCAGGGAUGGUCCCAGGCACUGUCCGGGGCCCUGAGGCCGGCAGCGCAGCUCAGGUCCCUGCGCCCGCUGUGUCACCGCCGCCCGAGGGCCCAGUGCUCACUUUCCAGAGCGAGAAGAUGAAGGGCAUGAAGGAGCUGCUGGUGGCUACUAAGAUCAACUCGAGCGCUAUCAAGCUGCAGCUCACUGCGCAGUCGCAAGUGCAGAUGAAGAAGCAGAAGGUGUCCACGCCCAGCGACUACACUCUCUCUUUCCUCAAGCGGCAGCGCAAAGGCCUUUGAACUGCUGGGAACUUCCUACAGCCAGCCCCGACCCAGGCUCCGCCCCGACCCAGGCUCCGCCCUCCCCUGCCGGAUCGUGGCUGCCCGGGUCCCCAGCCCCAUAGCUCCCCGGGGCCCAGGGUAUUCCGGAACUCCAGAGUUCCCAGUUUAUGGACGAUUUACCUCGCGCCUGAACCAACGAUUCGCUCCAGCUCAGAAUCCAGGGACUGCGCUCAGUCCUUAGAAUAUAGGUCCAUUUCCCACAAUACCAACUUGCCAAUUGGGACCUCACCGCAGUCCAAGGCACCAGUGCUUAAAGGCCCAAUCCCUGGAAACUCGGGCCCGACGUCGGAACGGAAGCGCUAGCCCUAGGCCAGACGGAGUCCCUCAAGGAUCCUCCCCAUUCCUGAGGGCAGAGGAUUCGCCCUUAAUGCUAACAGCAGCAGUCCCACCUUCAGUCCGGAAAUCGAGGACCCCACUCAGUGCUCAGGAGUACAUUUCUGCGCUUAAGAAAUUCCAUCCUUUGGGAAUCCAGGACCCUGCCCCAAAGUACUGAAAUCCCGCUGGCAGAAAUUUGGAAACCAGCUUCCUUUCCUCCCCCUCCUAGAGGCUGGGACGCGAGGCCCCGCCCCUUCCUGACCAAACUGGCCCCAGAUCAGAGCAGGACCUCUCCCGACCCUCCGGGAACCUCCCCAGGGUCAGCCCAUUUCGGGGACCUGGGAGGAAACCUGCAGGGGGUUGGGGGGGAGCUGAUCGCUUCCUGUUUUGUACAUAGAUUUAUUUUUCAGUUGCAAGGAAGAUGAAUACAUUUUGUUAAAAAAGCA